AUGCCUGCUACCACCCUACAGCAUGGCCCCAUUCAAGGUCAGGGCAUCUACAACUGUAGCAAUGCCCGGCAUUCCCAGCCCAUGAUACCAGUGUCAUGCAGAGGAACCUCCUCAUGUGCCUACACUGAUACUAUUCUCAAACAACACUCCACACCCCCAGCAGCUUUUUUGAAAAGUUCAAAUUGUCCCAGUCAAUCUAUUGCAUUGGAGUCAGGUUCCAGCCGCACAUUUAAAUCAAAACUUCCUAUUCAGCUAAAACAACUAGUUGAAACUAGUAAAGGUGGUGUUGAAACUAGUGAAGGUGGUGUUGCAACUAGUGAAGGUGAUGUUGAAACUAGUGAAGGUAGUGUUGAAACUAGUGUGACUGAUGCUUUGCGCAAGCGAAUAAUCGCCGCAAUCCGGGAUACUGAUCAAGGAUCAAAUGUUGAGUCUGCAUUCAGUCCCACACAGGCCAAAAUAGUAUUCGACGACAGCGGGGAUCCAAUUGGGAUCCCCGACCUACAAGUCCAACUCAUAAAUCGGAAAAAGCAUGCCUUUCCCUUAUGGGUGAUGGAGACUGAAGCAGCAUAUGAGAAACUCAGGCACUUCGCCGCUGAGUGCUCAAGUAUCAUGGCCUGCACCUUGUUUGACGUCACUGAGGUCGAUAAACACGUUGCACCAGCCGAUGGCUGGGCAGUAGAGCAAGAGUUGAAUGAGGGAGAAAUUUACAACUAUAUUGACUGGAUCGAACAUGGCGACAAUAUGGAUGCCAAUGCUGGUGGAAUCAAAUCCUUCUCCCACACGAACUCCUCCCCAACCGUGACAGUGGCGGCCUUAAGAUGUGCAAAAGAUAUUCCAGCACACGUUAGAGCGGAUUCGCGACAGGGUGGUUGUGGAGAUGGAACAGGCCCGAAUCGAGGACGCAUCACUCCCCAUGAUUGGGUGUUUCCUCCCUGUCUGCUUGACUGGGAUGAAUGCGAGGCUUCUCUGAUGGACUCAGCGGUGGAGAUAGGGUUCACACGGUACUCCAAGUGGCAUCAAAAGCUCCUUACUAAACGCACUUCCGAGUCGUAA